AUGACUGACGAUAAUGUUUCAUACCUGGCGUUGAGCAUGGAGCUCGAUCGUACAAUAGAACACUUACGGGCAAAAGAAGGCGUUCUUGCAUCAGAACGCAUGAGUUUAAAGGAACUUGCAAGCGAUAUAUCCGAAUCAGCUGAGCAUACUAUAGUCUCGAUAGGCGAUGGAUAUUUCGUUUCAAUGAACCAUACAGAUGCAACUUCAUUUCUUUCGAGGCGGGACAAGUAUCUUGAGAAAAGUAUAGACGAUAUCCAUUCAAAGAUUGAUUUCGCAGAGCAAAUGAAAGUGAAGUUAACGGCGCCUGGCAAUGGGAAUGAGAAAGAAGAAAAGCUAAACGAAGAAGGGUUGCCUUUCGUUGAAAUUGUUGAAGAGCUAGAUGCAAAUGGCAACGUGAUCUCUUCAAAUAUAGGCGUUCCAAAAGAAAGGAAUUCAUCAAUACGUAUACCUGAGGAUUCAAAAGUUGCUGAAAUACAAGAAAACACAAGCGGUCAGCUGGAAGCUACAGAGGUACGCACGAAUGAAAGCAAAGAGACAAACUCCCGUGAGGACAAAGAAAAAGAUGAAUGGCAAGAGCUUAUGGAAGAUAUGGGUAUCACAGAAGUGAAGGACAGUAAGGAAUCUCCCCUGUCAUCGAGGCAGUCCCAUGAGAAGGAUACUAGUGUGCCUUUUGAGGAGGACAAAAGUGGAAGCACAAGUCGGAGUGAACUUGCGAUAAACGAAAAUGACAUGAUUAAGUUGGAGCUAUUCGACGAGUUAGCGGAUGAAGAAGUGGAUAUCCCAGACAACAUGGAGUGGGACUAUGAUUUCGAGGAAGGAAGCAGUGAUGAUGCAGACGAUUCUCUAGCCGACGAAAUGUUAUACGGACUGAGAAAGACACAAUUCUUGCCAGGAAAAAAGAAUGAGGAAAACACCAUUAAUAAAAUGCUUUGGGACAAGAUUUCAGACCUAAGAAUUAACAAGGAAAGAGCUGGAAAUGUUACCACCGUCGAAGACAUACAAAAGGAAUCAAUUAGUUCCUCGAAAAAGUCUGUGAGAUUCUCGGACGCUCUCGAUAUAAAGAGUAUAGAAAAUGUCGGGGAGCAGCUCAAAAACAUUACUUACCCAGAUCGGAAACUUUCAAAGUUUAAACAGAAUCGGGUUGCUAUCGAUAGAAAUACUUUGCCUGAAGAUGGUCCUCCAAAGUCGCACCAUCAAGAGACAACAGAGCCAUUGAGCGAUAUUAUCGAGAGAGAUGUUCCAGUUGGGUCAUUACACAACAGUGAAAAAUCACACAUGUCCCCCCUCGAGGUAGAGGACGCUCAUAAUGCACAGGAAACGAAUAAUGUCACCACAAAUGGGACAAACAAAUUUGACCUCGAUGCCAUGGCCAAGGCUUACACUAGGGAACUUAACGAAGAGGACCGAGGUGCCGGUAGCAUUGUUGUUGAGAAGCUAGAUGACUUUGAGAAAGUCAACGCAUUGAUCAUGUCGAGUCAGAAUAGUGGAACACUAAUGAAUGAAACCUACAAUGAAGAGUCCACUGAGCAAUCCUAUGACGAUGAUGGUAGCGACAUAGAUGUCGACAGCGAUCUGGGGCCCAUAUUGGAAGAAGAAAUAGUUGAAAACAACGAUGUCACUUCCGAAGAAAUUGAAUCAAGUUUACUUCAAGAGCAGAUCAAUCGUGAGUACCAAUAUCUCUCACAAAAACUCAGAGCAUCGUCGCCAAAAGAUAAUGAGCCAUCUGAAAUGGUACCGUUGGAUGAAAACAUGCAACCUGUACGGAUCAGUAGGUUUAAGUCCACGAGAAACAAGCGAUAUCCGAGGGAUUAA